AUGGGUUCCACAGAAGCACCGAAAGAUCUGCCAAAGAUGCAAUACCGCUUUCUCGGCCGUUCAGGCCUACAAGUCUCUGCCAUAUCUCUCGGCGGCUGGCUCACAUACGGCGGGCACGUCGAGAACGAGAACACCUUCGCCUGCAUGAAAGCUGCUUACGAUACCGGCGUUAAUUUCUUCGAUUGUGCUGAGGGCUAUGCUGGUGGCGAGUCGGAGAAAAAGUACAAGUGGAAGCGCAACGACUAUGUCAUAUCUACGAAGAUAAACUGGGGGUCAGCUAAUGGGUUGAAUCCCGUCAACAACGGUGGUCUGUCGAGGAAGCACCUGGUCGAGGGUACCAAUGCCUCGCUCGAGAGGCUGGGACUUGAGUACGUGGAUUUGCUGUACGCACAUCGACCUGACAGACAUACGCCGAUGGAGGAGAUUGUUCGUGGCUUCAACUUCUUAAUCGACCAGGGAAAGACCUUCUAUUGGGGUACCAGCGAGUGGAACGCGGACGAGAUCGAGAGAGCCUGGGCUGUGGCAGAAAGGCUGCACCUGGUUGGACCGUUGAUGGAGCAGCCGCAGUAUAAUAUGCUGGUUCGCGACAAGGUCGAGAGGGAGUUCGCUCUCCUAUACCCAGAACGUGGGCUGGGACUGACUCCCUUCUCGCCACUGAAGUCCGGUAUCCUUACUGGCAAGUACAACGAUGGUAUUCCUGAAGACUCCCGUUUCGCCACCAGCGACGACAACUUCGUCAAGAGCAUGCAGAAGCGCUUCGAGACUGAAGACUGGGAGCAGGAGGCCAAGAAAGUGAAGGCGCUGAAGCCUGUCGCAGAGAAGUUGGGUGUGAACCAGGCGGCCUUGGCCAUGGCGUGGGUGCUUAGAAACCCACAUGUGAGCAGUGCCAUUACUGGUGCUAGUCGACCCCAGCAGGUCUACGAUGCUGUGAAGAGCUUGGAGGUCAUUGAUAAGCUUACGCCUGAGAUUAUGAAGGAGAUUGAUGAGAUCUUGGGCAACAAGCCCGAAGAGCUUGUCAUGAGAUUUGGUUAG